GACAUUUUGAUGCAACACCACACUUACCAAGAGACAGGUAGCAGGCAACUUCGUCAAACAACUGCAACUUCGGGCACGACAGACUCUUCUCGAUAGCCAACUUCGUCGAAUAACUACAACUGCGGGCACUACAGACUCUUCUCAAUAGUCUCACCAUGAAUGUGAACAGAGGGAACUGGUUCGCGGUGAUUGUCCUCGCUCUCGGUGUUCAUGCAGUGUCUGGCCAGAACUGCGCGCACCUGUUGGAUGUCGUAGCCGUUGUAGAUGGCUCUGACAGCAUCUUAGAUGACGAAUUUAUCCUUCUGAAGGAUUCCCUUAUUCAGUUGACAAACUGGCUGAACCUUGGAGAGGAAGGUCAAAUGUUUGGUGCCGUGGUGUACAGUUCGUCUGUAUCUGACGUAGCACACCUCAGCACCAACCGGUCCCAGCUGCAGACCCAGAUAAACCAGUUUGAACACCCCCAGGAAGGAACAAACACGCACCUUGGAAUCGCCAAAAUGACCGAGAUUAUGAGGAAUGAGAGUCGUCCUGGCGUUCCCAAAGUAGGCAUCGUCAUCACCGACGGACGGUCACGUUAUCCCGAGAGAACUGCUCAGGAAGCUACAGCUGCUAAGGCGAUCGGCAUUGAGAUGUUUGCAAUUGGAAUCGGUUCAAGUAUCAGAAUAUCAGAACUGAGAGACAUUGCCUCAUCUAACGCCAAUGUCAAGAAUAUCAGCUCUUUUAGUGAACUCAACAAUAUUACCCUCAGUCUGGUACAGAAGGUCUGCAAAGUUGACGGAAACUGGACCGAGUAGACGGACACUACCGGUGUGUGUUCUGUAUCCUGUGGAGGAG